AAUCCAACUGUAGACAGAGAAAAUGCCUUCCUUAAUUUCUCCUAAACUAUGCAACACUCCUCUUCUUAAAUGUAACAAAGCCAGAUUUUUUCAGCCCCUUCGAAUCAAAGCUCAAAUCCACAAAGAUCAUGAAGGGAGAUUUGGAAAUAUUGUGGAUGCAAAUUUACACCUACUGAAGGUGAGGAUAGAGGAAGUGAGGAGCAAGGAGAGGCUAGAGAGAUGCUGUGUGGCUGAGCAAGGAUGGAACUAUGCAGCUUAUGAUAGCUUCAAAACUAAAACAGAUAUUAAUUAUACUCAUUUUUAUCAAGAAUUUGUUGAGCUUUUGGGAGUGGUUGGUGCUACUUUUGGCAUCACAAUAUCUGGUUGCACCUUAUGCCUCUGCCUCUUUUCCAUUUUACUUCAUUUUAACCAAUGAUUUAUCUUCUUGUAGAAUAAACCAAUCAUUUUUUAUUUUUUUUUAGUUUUCCUUUUCUUGAUCUUGAAAUUAGAGAACCUCUAUGUGAUCAAUUAUUUGAGAUUCUAUUUAUUUUAUUUUUAUUUGUA